UAUAGAGAGUUUUGCACCCUCGGCUCGCGCGAGCCCCUCCACCCGCGGGUCGGAGCCUCGCCGGUGGGGGGCGACCUCGAGUGGGAACGCUCGGUCGCCCCGGGCCGGGCGGGGCAGGGCGGGGACGCGGCCCCCUCCACCCCCUCGGCGCCUGUCCUCACCUCAGCCAAACUUUCCUCCGGCUCCGGGCGCGUCGCCGAGGCAGCUGGAGAGGAGGCGCCCCGCCGCCUGCCCGCCGCGUCCUCCGCUGCUCUCCCGCGCCCGGCGGGAGCCCGGCGCCCGGCGCCCCGUCGCGCUCAACCCCGAGGGCAUGCGGCAGCCGCAGGGGGCCCCCGCUCCCGGGCUCGGCGGUGCGGGCGACCGUGAGCGGAUGUGCAGUUCUUCUCCACAAUGAAUGAGUGUCACUAUGAUAAGCACAUGGACUUUUUUUAUAAUAGGAGCAACACCGACACUGCCGAAGAGUGGACAGGGACGAAGCUUGUGAUUGUUCUGUGUUUUGGGACGUUUUUCUGCUUGUUUAUUUUUUUCUCUAAUUCUCUGGUCAUCGCAGCAGUGAUCAAAAACAGAAAGUUUCAUUUUCCCUUCUACUACCUGUUGGCCAACUUAGCCGCUGCAGAUUUCUUUGCUGGAAUUGCCUAUGUAUUCCUCAUGUUUAACACUGGCCCAGUUUCAAAAACUUUAACAGUCAACCGCUGGUUUCUCCGCCAGGGGCUUCUGGACACUAGCUUAACUGCCUCCCUGACCAAUUUGCUGGUCAUUGCCGUGGAGAGACACGUGUCAAUCAUGAGGAUGCGAGUCCACAGCAACCUGACCAAAAAGAGGGUGACGCUGCUCAUUUUGCUCGUCUGGGCUGUCGCCAUCUUUAUGGGGGCGGUCCCCACCCUGGGCUGGAAUUGCCUUUGUGACAUCUCUGCCUGCUCCUCCCUGGCCCCCAUUUACAGCAGAAGUUACCUCAUUUUCUGGACUGUGUCCAACCUCGUGGCAUUCUUCAUCAUGGUUGUGGUGUACCUGCGGAUCUACAUGUACGUUAAGAGGAAAACCAACAUCUUGUCUCCACAUACGAGUGGGUCCAUCAGCCGUCGGAGGACACCCAUGAAGCUAAUGAAGACAGUGAUGACUGUCUUAGGGGCAUUCGUCGUGUGCUGGACCCCGGGCCUGGUGGUUCUGCUGCUGGACGGCCUGAACUGCACGCAGUGUGGCGUGCAGCACGUGAAAAGGUGGUUCCUGCUCCUGGCGCUGCUCAACUCCGUCAUGAACCCCAUCAUCUACUCAUACAAGGAUGAGGAUAUGUACAGCACCAUGAAGAAGAUGGUCUGCUGCUUCUCUCAGGAGAAGAACCCAGAGAGGCCUCCCUCGUGCCUCCCCUCCAUGGUUCAGAGCAGGAGCGACUCGAGUAGCCAGUAUGUGGAAGAUAGUAUUAGCCAGGGCAUCAUCUGCAAUAAAAAUAGCUUGUAAGCUGUGGAUGCCCCUCUACCCACCCAGGCCUCCGCUGGGGAGAGACUUAAGAAUGGUUACCUGUCUCUAACAAAGCCUGUGUACAGUGUUAUUCAAGGUCUGAAUCAAUCAUUGCUAGAUUUAAAAAAAAAAUUUUUUUUUUUUUACAUAGUUUAAAAGCAGGGGCAGUAAAGAGAGGACACAAUGCAUUUAGAGAAAAUGCACAGAAACAGGAGGCGACAGCACAGUGGAUGGAUUCCUGCUUGUUGUCCUAUGAAUUGCUCAGCGUUGCCAUGCAUUCUGGACUCUGCCAUUACCUUGUAACCAUUUCCAUCAUGUUUUAAAAGGAUGCUGUUAAAGGGCUUAGGCCAAAAUAAUAAAUAAAUAAUGUUACUUGAGCCACUCUAUGUAACUGCUUGUAAAGCCUAUGUAGUUCUUUCUGCAUGCAUUUAAUGCUUUAAAAAAUGCUUCAGCGAUGGUAUCUUCUCCUCCAAGAAACUGUGGCCAAUAGCUAGAUUUUCAAUAGGAAUCCAAGAAUAACAAACCAGUAAGGGCUUCAGAUUAAACUUGAUUUUUAACUGAAAGAACAUUCUGAGUAACAAAGACUUAUUUAAAAAUAACAACCAUAAAGUUAAACGUUAAAAACCUCUUUUGAAGUGAUAAAGGAGCUUGAUGUGGUCCUUUAGUGUGUGUGUGUGUGUGUAUUUGCACAUGUGUAUUUAUACAAUUAGAUUUUCUAUUUAAAGGCACCAAGGAUAGGGAUGGUGAAAUAAAUUCACUGGCCACCUAGAUUUUCUUCUAAUCCUGAGUGGUAGGUGUAGAAAUGACCUGUUGCGCUCUAAAACAAAAGAGAAAAAGGUGACUCAUUUGAAAACAGACAUUUUUAUAUAGCCAAGUAAGUUGUACUGUUUAUAUACAGCCAAGUAAGUGGGCUGAAUCCUUUCCGUAUAGGAUCAAAAAUGUGCUCUAUUUGAGCCCUUAUUUUCUGUUACCUCCACACCAUAUUUUAUCCAAGGUUACAAUAUAUCUCUGGUGCUUGUUUUACUUGUGGCCUGAAUUUUGAUCUGGCUUUUGUUUUGAAUUUUUCUCCUUCAAAGCCCUAAGUAGGCAAAAUGAAAGGCAAGUCAAUACGAAAAAAUAUAUAAUGUUUCAUACACAUAGACUACUGACCAAAGUUUUCUAUGUAAAGCAUGUAGAGUAUAUUCUGAUUUUAUUAAAAUAAGAAUAACAUCAAGGCAGAUAUUAUAGUAUUUAUGUAGGUUGCGAAAGAUGUUUACAUUUUUUUUUGCUAUUGUGAUGUAACACAUUUAUGUGCAAGAACUACUUGUAAUAAAAGGGGUUGAGAAGUCAUGCUUUUAGACACAAUGGCCCCAAAUAGAGAGUAUUAUGAUUUCAAGGUCUAGAUUUCACAAACUCUGUGUAGUGACUGAGUCUAUCUGAAGCUUAUAUCAAAAAACUGCUUAUAAAAUAAAAUAAAGAUCUGUUCUAUCUUGUUGAGGUGCCUUAUUGCUUUGUGUAUUUUCUGUGUGAAAAAAUAGUUUGUGGUAACCAUAGCAUAUUUCUAUUGUAGAAGAAAAAUCAAAUUUACCUUGAAGUACAUAUUCUGAAUGUUUUAUGUAAGCAGUUUGAAUCUACAGCUGGCCAAAGGGUGGAGAAUUGAAAUUGAAUUCCAGUCCCCAAAUAGCUACUAAGGGAUCUUUAAAGGUUUUAUUUUGAGGAAAGCACCAUUUUUAGUACCCUGCAGUAGAAUGUCAUAUUCAGUCUGGUGUCUGGAGGGGAUCCAAAGUGUGGGAACUCAGGGUGGCAAUAUAU